UCUAAGUCAGCCGGUGACCACCCGUCGACUACUAACUAUGAAAUAAACUAACGCCUACUUUUUAUAUAAACAAUAAAUGCCAAAAGUUUCAUUGAAUAUUUGCGGCAUAAAAGAUAUGAAUGAGGACCACGUCGUUUUCUCUCGAGGUAUUAGCCCUACUAUUCCUCACGCUGAUACCGUGGCCGGGGCCGUCUGUUUUCAAAAUCACCUGUUCACGUGACAACUCCAAAAUCGUAAGAAAAGUCAUACAAAGCAAAUGGCUUCCAGUUUUAGAGAGAUUUCAAGUGAAACUCCCAUUGGAGUGUCCGUUCCAUCCUGCUCGCGACAUCUUCGCACCGCAGCACGCCGCCAAGCUGCAACAUCGGCCCUCGCAGUGGACCUGCGCUUUCUGCGGCAAAUCCUUUUACGAGGAGCGCCAUCUUGAUACGCACUUUGACCAGCGCCACAAGAACCAGAUUAACAAGGCGGAGGACGCAGUAUGUUUGGCGGACUACUGCGACAUAAUGCGGUGUCAGGUGCUGGUGGCUCACGGGCUACUAAGCGGCGGUGGCGGGCCUGGCACAGAUAUCGAGGUGUGGCAGGAUAUGGAGGCUGCGCGGACGGCGCUGGCACCCGCGUCGCCGCGCGGCGUCGCGCGCGUCAGCGGACGGAGGGCGGAGGGCGCGGCGCGGGGCGCGGGCGGCUCGGCACGGCGUCGCCCGCGAGCCCGCGCAACAUCACCCGCACGGGAUUGUCCUACCACUGCACCGGAAGCUGAAGAAUCUGAAGUAGAUGAAAAAAGGACGGAAGAUAGUGAAGGCGACGCGAACCAGACGGCCGAGUUGUGCGAUGCGGACACGGUGGAGUCGUCGUUGCCGCCCGACAGCCGCCAGCGACGGCUGGCCGAGCUGCAGGCGGAGCGGGCCGCCUGCGACCCUACGCGUCUGCAGGGACUCAAAGUGCGUUGCGAGAAAAUUGUACAUUCUUGCAUUGCGACACUCCUAUUACAUCUCACUCAACAUCAGUUCACCGAACUGGAAGAGGAGAUGCAGCGCGCGGUGUGCUGGUACCUGAGCUGCGACCGCUACUGGGAGGACGCGGCGCCGAGCGCGCGCGUGUUCCCGUGGCCGCUGCUGCUGGCGCUCGCCACCGGGCUCGCGCUCGCGCUCUGCAUGUGCUACUAUAUCAUAUGGAUUGUGUUCGAUUCAGAGGAGGGUAGUGUAGCGGGCAGUGCGUCGGUCUCAAUGACGACGCACUCGUCGCCGACGCGCGGCGAACGGCUUGCAGCCGACGACGUGCUCGACGACGACCACGACGACCAUUACAUAUACGUCACGUACCCGCCGGAGCUCAAGCGGCGCCUACUAGAGAGCUGCUACAAUAGAACGACCCGUCUCUGAAAUGCACAUCGUCCAUGACGUUGCGUCGCGCAUGCGUAUUUUUUACCAGUUCCGUAGACGUACUCGUAGUUGGUUAGCCAUGUGAGAACAGUCUGAUGUAGACAAAGACGUUGUCAACGAUUCGUGUUCCUUACCUUAAAUCGACUGUGUAAAAAAUGAAACGAAUUUUUCUGAAUUGAAUAGUUUUUUUUAUCCAUCGACGACAUUGUUUUUGCUGCAUACCGGUAAUAAUCAAGGUAGUAUAAAUGUAAGCGAAAUAUUUUUUCCUGUAUAUUACUUUUACAAAAAUAUUACUAUUAUGUCGAUUAAGGUACAGAACAAUAUUUGUAUUAUUUUUAUUUUGAUAAGCAGUUUUAUAAAUCUUAGUUUUAAAAUAUUGAGUUCAAGAUAUUCAUAGAAAAUCUGAUCUUGUAAACGAUUAUGUAAUUAUGAAAAUCAAUGUAGUUUUACCAUAUUUUAGAAGAUGGAAUCUCAUUUGUACCUUGCAAUAAUACUAUUUCUAAUAAGUUUUAUUUAGUUACAUGAAGUAGAUAUUUUCCCCUUAGACGUAGUUUGCUUUUAAACAAUGGGUGCCUAAUUUCUCCCUAGUCGUAUUUACUUGUAAAGUUUUUUAUAACUAGCAACACUUCUGUAAGAAAUUCUUGUACAUAGUGAAAUUAGUGACAAAAUUUGCAGUUUAUAUGGUGAUCAGUUCAUAUUUAUGGCGUCAAAGUGUCCUUUAUGAAUAUAUAAAUUUCCAAAAUUUAUGUUUUAUAAUUUUAAACUAAAAUUUAAUGUAGUUGACACGACAACUUUUAAAUAUAAAAUUGAAAAUAAUGCAUUGUCUUUAAUACUUCAUUUGGUACGUCAGAUUCACUUCUUUCUGUAGUAUCCCUAUUUUUUUUUUUUAAUUUCAUGCAUACUUCAAAUAUUUAAAAUUUCUUGAUUAUUAUAUAUGACAGAUACAGUACACUGCUUGAGCAAAAUAAUAAAUAUAAUAAUAUAAUUUCUUUUGCAUAAAGUGGAAAUUGCAAAAGUUCUAUUACCUUUUAUACCAACCUUUGUUCUUCGUUUGCUAAAAUAAACUAUAAAAUUUUUCGAUUAUCUAUGAGUAAAUGAAAUAUAACUAUGCUUAUAAAAUUUACUAUGUCUAACUAUUCGCUUGUAAAUCUUAAUUUUUUUAAAUAAUAACGAUAGAAUUUUUCAAAAUAGCCUUAUGUCAUACAUAAGGUAGGCGAUAUGAAAUAAAGAAUUAAAAUCAAUUGAAAAUAAUGACUUAUUUGUGGUGUAUUGUAAAACUUUUUUAAAAUCUUCAAGUGAUAUUAAUUUAAUAAUUCCGAAGUUGCGUAAAUUAUUCAAGCAAAUAUACAGGGUGAAAUCGAAAUCGUUAUCAACCUUUCAAGGGAGUGUUCCAGCAGUGAAGUUGAGAAUUUUUCCCAUAGAAAGAGCAGAAAAAAUACAAAAAAUUGUGUGCCUCCCAUACUAACGUGGCUCGGCCAUUGUAUUUUUGUUUCACAAAAUAUAUGCCCUAAUAUUUUCUAUAGAAUGAAGAAAAGAAAAAGAAAGAAAUAUUUAUACAGUGCAUAUUUUUACACUUAAUUACAAAAAAAAAAAAAUAAAAAUAAACAAAAAGGGAAAAGAAAACCAUUAAAAUGUUGUCAUUGAGGUAUAUACCAUGACCUUUUGAACAUGACGCUCAUUUUCAAUGAUAUCAGCAUAUGCUGAUACCAAUGAAAAUCGGCGAAAAUGCUAUAUAGCAUAGGUGGUUGAUUCAUAGUUUCACAUACCGUUUACGAUUUCACCCCGUAUUAAUAGUUUCGGUACAUUUGAAAUACAUACAUAAUACAUAGUUAUAAGAACAUAAAUAGGUACUUUAAGCGCAGAUUUCAUACCAAGAUAACUUUGUAUAUAGGUACUUAAUAUUAUUUUCCACUAUGUUCAUAGAAAUACUUAGACGAAAUAAUAAAUAGCUUAUAUUAUUAUUGUCAAGCCUUUUGAAUUUUGCCAUCAGUCAUUUUGAACACUAUUUACUAACUGGAAGAACAAUCUACAGUUUCUAAGAACGACAAAUCAUAAAUAAAUUAUACAAAUGUAAGUAUAUUUGGUGUGAAAAUAAUGCUCAAAAUGACUUUCAUAUGUAUAGGACUGGUGUACAUCUAACGAGUCACAGCGCAGAUUUAUUUUUUCAUUGCUAAAACAUUAUUGAAUUUGCUUGUUUUGGGAUAAUAUCAAAAAUUAAUUAACAUACUUAUUCAUGAAUAUAUAUUAGCUUUUAUAAAGUGAAUGAAAAUCGAGCUCACAAAAUUAAACGAAUAGAGAGGGUUAAGUUAAACUUGGACAUUUUCUGCAAUGCACAUCGUCGAAGUGGAUUAGCCCUAAGAAUGGCAUUAUAAUAAUGAUUAUGACUUACUUUUGAGAAUAUUGUUCUCGUAUGUUGCAUUAUUGUGAUAUGUGCGAAAAUACUAAGUAUAUUUGUUUAGCUGAAAGUUAUCUUUGAAGUUUAUCAAUUGAUUUUAUACGUAUGUAUCCACAAUAAUGUAUUUACAUAUAAUAUAAAGCGCCAUACGAAACCAAAUUAAAUUGAAAAGAAAGUUUUUUUUUUAUUAUAAGCACUGACUUAUGUAAUUAUUAUUUUUAGAAUCAAGUACGUAAGAGCUAUGAUAAUACGCGCUUAAUGUAAAAGGUACCUAAGUAGACCUAAUUGUAUAAUAUGAAACAGCUUUUUCUACUUAUAAAUGCUUUGACGAGACUGAAAGUAAGCAUUAUAUAAAUAAAUGACACUUUUGAAUUUCUAACUCACAAAUCUAUGAUACUCACGAGCACACGUUCAUUAUGUUUGUUUCAUUUUAAUAAUGUAUCGUAAAAUGUUUGUUAAAUAAAAUACUGGA